AACCUGACACUCACUGCCUGUCAUCACAUGAGGUUGAACCGGCAUUCCCCACACAGGCUGCUUGCAUCAUUUUCAGUGACCAGCAAUGCAUUUAUAGUCUCUGAGUUGGAAAACUCUAGGAGCCUAGGGUAGCAUCUUUAUCACAUCUUUAAUAAUCCUUUUUUUCCAGGACUGUUGACUUAAAUGAAGCAGGCCACAGUUAGUUAAUCCCAGUUCCUGUCAGUGUGCUCUGUGUGGACCUUUGGUAGCGUUUGGCUUCCUCUCAUCGUCAUCAUCAACAACAUCAUGACCCUUAGCAUCGCUCUGAUCUGGGCAGUGGUGGUGGGAUUCUGCUGCCUUCUAUGGCUUGCUGUGGGGAUACGACGCAGGCAACCUGGUGAGCCUGCAGUUGAGAAUGGCUUCAUCCCCUACCUGGGUUGUGCUCUGCAGUUCGGAGCCAACCCUCUUCAGUUCCUUCGCAGCCGCCAGAAGAAGUACGGCCAUAUAUUCACCUGCAAGAUCGCAGGCAAGUACAUCCACUUCCUGUGUGACCCCUUCUCUUACCAUUCAGUCAUCCGACAGGGGAGACACCUGGAUUGGAACAAGUUCCACUUUGCAACAUCUGUCAAGGCAUUUGGCCACGACAGCUUUGACCCUCGCCAUGGCCACACCACAGAGAACCUUCACCAAACCUUUCUGAAGACGUUGCAGGGUGAGGCUUUGCCCUCCCUGAUAGAGACCAUGAUGGGCCACCUCCAGGAUGUCAUGCUAAGGUCGGGCAAACUCAGCCCCAGCAAGGACCAUUGGGAGGUGGAUGGCAUCUUUGCUUUCUGCUACAAGGUGAUGUUUGAGUCCGGCUACCUGACUCUGUUUGGUAAAGAGCUCGGUGAAGACAAGUGUCAGGCUCAGCAGGCGGCUCAGAAAGCCUUGGUGCUCAACGCUUUGGAGAACUUCAAAGAGUUUGACAAGAUCUUCCCUGCGUUGGUGGCUGGCCUGCCCAUCCAUGUCUUCAAGAGUGCCCACAGUGCCAGAGAGAACCUAGCAAAGACAAUGCAUGCUGAAAAGUUGUCCAAGAGAGAGAACAUGUCUGAUCUGAUCUCCAUGAGGAUGAUCCUGAAUGACUCCCUAUCUACCUUCAAUGAUGUGAGCAAAGCUAGGACCCACGUCGCUCUGCUCUGGGCUUCCCAGGCCAACACCCUACCAGCUACCUUCUGGAGUCUCUUUUACAUGAUCAGGAGUCCCGAGGCUAUGAAAGGAGCCCGACAGGAAUUGCAGAAAAUUUUGGAGGAUUCGGGUCUGACGGUGGACCCCAGCGACCCCACCCUGAACCUGACCAGGGACCAGCUGGACAACAUGCCUGUUCUGGACAGCAUCAUAAAAGAAGCCAUGCGUCUUUCCAGUGCUUCCAUGAAUGUACGUGUUGCCAAGGAGGACUUCCUGCUUCACAUGGACAACAAUGAAGCAUACCGUAUUAGGAAGGACGAUGUCAUUGCCCUGUAUCCACCCAUGCUGCACUAUGAUCCAGAAAUCUUUGAGGAUCCUUAUGAGUACAAGUUUGACCGUUUCCUGGAUGACAAGGGUCGGGAGAAAUCCACCUUCUAUCGCAGCGGCCGGCGGCUGCGUUACUUUAACAUGCCCUUCGGCUCUGGCGUCACCAAAUGCCCCGGCAGAUUUUUUGCCAUGUAUGAGAUCAAGCAGUUUCUGACUCUAGUACUGUCCUAUUUUGAAAUGGAACUAUUGGACCCUGCUAUCAAAGCCCCACCUCUCGACCAAUCCCGUGCCGGUCUGGGAAUCCUCCAGCCCACUUAUGAUGUGGACUUCAAGUACAAACUAAAAUCGAACUACUGAGCACUUUGUCAGACAGAAUGAUUGAAGUACAUAUUGUACAUAGUGUAUAUAUUUUACAGUGUUAAUGAAGAUGCCUUGCAGUAUACUGUAUGUGAAUAGAUUGAGUUAUGUAUUUUCUUGUUGCUGUAAUUUGCUGCUGAUGAACAUGUAUUCUGUACUUACAAACCUUUAGCGUAUCUGAUAGUGUUGUCGUAAACACUUCCUGUCUUUGUUGGCCCAGACAUCUGGCAUCUCAGAGUAAAAGUGCUGAGUAGUAUAUCCAAUUCCUGUGGACAGACCCAGAGCCAUAUGGUUUUAUAAAAUACAUGUUUUGUUUUUGCAUGUUUGGCCCAUUUACCCCAAAUCUUCAGAAUUACUGCAAAUAGUUUUUUUUGUACUGUACAGAGUCAUAUAGUCGUUGUUUUGAAUGGAUUCCACUAUGCCACACGACUGUAUCAUGGCUAUACAUAGUACACUCCUUAAAUCAAUCUGCUUGAGAAUGUUAAGAUAAGAUAAGAAAACCUAUUUAAGUCUUCACUGUGAUAGUCUUUAUCAAUCACAGUGAAGACUAUGCCAUAAGUUGUGUUCUGAGUGUUGAGUACAUUUGAAUGCUGCAUUUCUCAAGCAGUUCAGCAAGUAAGUCUGCUUAAAAGUGACAACAAAGAGCCAAAGUCAAGAGGGACAGGACAGUGUGCACAAAACAGAUACUUAAUGAGAAAUAUAGUUGUUAACUAAGGCAGUGUGACAUUUCUGAUACAUAGAUGACUGUACGGUUUGUCUAAUGAAGGUGUUUGUGAGUAACAGGUGUGUCCAGUUUUCAAACCGCUCUAAUGACUAUUACAUACUGUGAAAUACAUAAUAAUUACACAUGAAAAUAAAUACAGCUGACAGAAGAUCAACAUCAAGAAGUAUUUGCAAUUUUCAGGUUCAGCCAUAGUCUCAUUUCAAUGAGAAGGAAGUUAAUUCAGUUAUUGAUAUUACUGUUAUCACAUUAAAAACUAAAGUGCACAUCAAGAUGAAUGGAUGUUUAAUUGCCACAUUGUCAGUUUUCAUGUUCUGUGAGUAGGGUAAAGUGAUGUGAAGAAGCCAGGUCAGAACACCAUUGGUUACAUGCACGGCUGUUUUACGUUCAUUCACUGACAAUCUGAGGGUUUUUCACCCAGCAAAAGUGCAACACACAUGCAUGUGUUGAUGUGUACACACUGUACACACUGUAACAGAUAAUAAAUCAAUACAUUUGUACACUUGUCUGUGUGCCAUGUCUUCAUGUCUCUACCUGUUAAACUGCAAAUGCAGCAGAAACGUUUUCUCUCUCUUCUCUCUACCUCUCUCUGUCUAGACAUAUACAUUAAAUACACAUCUAUAAUUUAUAUAUCAUAUAUGUGUCACAUAAUACUGUAGGUAACAGAUAAAAGCUAAAGGUUUCAGUACGAUCACUACUUGUUUUUUUUGACACUCAACAUUCUUAAUUUGACACUGUCCACUUCAAGCUA